AAUGCGAGCGGGAGGGACCUGGAGUCUGAACAGCCUGUGUAGCUGCUGCUAGCUAGCCUGGCUGUGCUGCUGAGCAAUGACAUGCUUUGACAUAGAAAUGCUAUUCCAACGGGGCACAGCGUCUCAUCAGCUAGGUUAGCUUGUUGGAGUGGAAAAAUAACUGGCUGCUAGCUAGGAGUCUAGAUAGUGUGACGCUUCUACAAAUUAAAUAUUUCCCAAAGGAAAUAAUAAAGGGUGGCCAUCAGCAAUCAGGUCAACAGAGACGUGUCAGAGACCUUGAAGUUCUCAGCUUUGAUGCAGUACAGUGUACCUAGUACAAGAUGACGGAAGAGGUGAUUGUCAUCGCCAAGUUUGACUACAUGGCCCAGCAGGACCAGGAGCUGGACAUCAAGAAAAACGAGCGCCUCUGGCUGCUCGAUGACUCCAAGUCCUGGUGGAGGGUUCGAAAUGCCACCAACAAAACAGGCUUUGUGCCGUCCAACUAUGUGGAGAGGAAGAACAGUGCCAGGAAAGCUUCUAUUGUCAAGAACCUCAAAGAUACACUUGGAAUUGGGAAGGUGAAGAGCAGAAAGGGUGGGAUGAGAGACACAGCAUCCAACGCCGACACAGACAUGUAUGCAGAUAACGGCGAGCGGCUGUACGACCUCAACUUGCCCGCCCUGGUCAAGUUCAGCUACUCAGCUGAGCGUGAGGACGAGCUGUCUCUGGUAAAAGGCACACGAGUGGUGGUGAUGGAGAAGUGCAGUGACGGGUGGUGGCGCGGCAGCUACAAUGGACGAUCGGGCUGGUUUCCAUCUAACUAUGUGACGGAGGAUGUGGAUGGGACGGCAGGGGGAGGGGGAAUUGGUGGCCUCGGUGACCCGGUCGGCUCACUAACAGAGAAGCUAGCGGCUGUGGUGAACAGCACCACGAAUGGGAACAGGGUGCUGCACACGGUUCAGGCACUCUACCCUUUCAGCUCAGGCAACGACGAGGAGCUGAAUUUUGAGAAGGGUGAGGUGAUGGAGGUCGUGGAGAAGCCAGAGAACGACCCGGAGUGGUGGAAGUGCCGCAAAGCAGAUGGACAGCUGGGCUUGGUGCCUAAGAACUACGUCACUGUGCUGGACUCCACCUCACAUAAACCCACAGCAGGGCUUGCUGGGCCACCCACACCUGACUGUGACUACAUCUCACCUUCAGGCAGUGGGCGCUUCGCGGGGAAGGAAUGGUACUACGGAAAGGUGACGCGCCACCAGGCAGAGGUGGCCCUCAACCAGAGAGGCUCAGAGGGAGACUUUCUCAUCCGAGACAGCGAGUCAUCACCAAACGACUUUUCCAUCUCCCUGAAGGCUCAGAGCAAGAACAAGCAUUUCAAAGUACAGCUGAAGGAAAACCUUUACUGCAUUGGACAGCGCAAGUUCAACUCUAUGGAAGAGCUUGUUGAACACUACAAAAAAGCCCCCAUCUUCACCAGUGAGCAGGGAGACAAACUGUACCUGAUCAAGGCCCUGGCUGCAUCCUGAUCCCUCUCUGUUACACACACACACACGCACUCACAUACACAGACACACACACACCUACACAUUGUUAACUGCAUCCGUAUAUACUGUAUACAUACAGAUACUUACACCAGGACACUCACUAACAUUUCAACUCUAAGCCUGAGGACUUAACACAUCAUCAGGACUUAAAUGCCCAAUUUGUGAGCAUUCCAAGUGGAGGUAUGGCAGCAAAAGCAUGGGAGAGACUCAGAGGAAUGGAGGGGGGAGACAAAAAGACUAUGGACUCCUGAAAGUUGACUACAGACCUUUUGGUCAUCUAUUUUAAAUUAUCAAGAUGUGCUAGGUCAUAGGCAGUGCCACGUAUUUCCAUCUUGAUAUCUAUUAGAGUUGCAUUUAGUUUCCUUUUUUGUUUUUGUUGAUAAUAUAUAAUCUUUUAACUGUUUCUUUUUAAAAUGUGAUGAUUUUUUAACUAUAUCCAAUACACAACAACAACCCGUAUGAGGCAUUUUUUGGAUGUUAGCAAAUUAAGAAUCUAUCCUAGACAGGUCUACAUUUUAACUCAUAUUUGUGUUGUCUGUCUUAACUCGUUCUUUAUGGUUGUGGAUGCACUAAUCCACAACUUCUGCUAAAUGCUAACCAUGAAUAAAAAUUAAGUGACCAAAAUAUAUUUAUUGAUACAAUUCUAUUAGGAUCAUCGUUGUAGAGAUUGGAAUAUCACACUUUGCAUAUAUGUGUUAUGUGAAGAUUCCUCCUCUUGUGCAAGGUCAAACCACAUAUUCAACUUCCUUUUUGUACUACAGAACUGCUUGUCUCACACAUUGCUGUAUCCAUAUCAUGUGAAUGUUACAAAGCCGAGGCACCAGAGACAGUGGGGGCUCAAAAAUCCCAUAACUUUGCAUGUAGACAGAAUAUUGUCCUCACACCUUCACUGGAAGAGAGAGACUGACGGAGCUUGUCUGAGUGUCUGAAGGUCAUGUGAAGAGUCAAAAAGUAGUUUCCCUCACAGUGUGGAGACUUUCUUAGUGCAGAGCAGACCCCCACCCCCAUGGAGUGUGACUGACAGCUGAUGCAUCGUCCCAGUGUUGCCAAAGGCGACGUCUCUCUGGAGAUUAGGAGGAAGGAGGGCAAUGGGGGGAGGUACACUGACCAGUUUUGAACUGGGGGGAAAAAUUAAGGGCCAGUCCAGAGGAUGAUGUCAUUGCUCCUGAAUUAGUGAUCACUGGAGGGAAUGGAGGAGUAAAAGGUCACGAAGGGGUCACGUUUGUGUGGUUGCAGAGCAUAUACAUCAAGCUAGGAGACGCCCUCUUCCUUAAGCGUACCCAAAGGAUUUUCAGAAAACAAUUCCUUAUGGCCAAGUACUGCUAGGAGAAAAGAAAACUAGUUUAAAUUAGUUGAUAUUUUCUUUGACAUCUGGGCAUUUAUUUCUGUGACUAAUGUAUAAGAGCAAGUUUUUUAAGUGUCUGUAAAGCCUCCUAGUUUGGGGAACACAGCUUGUUUUUCCCAAUGUGUGGCCAGUGUCAAGUUAGAAUACAUGUUUUCAGCACAACACAUGGUUUAUAUUAACAGUAAAGGUCUCUAGUGAAUGGGUAUUUGUUAGGCAAAAAUGGAACAAGUAGUGUUUGAAUGUCGAAGGGCAGCUAGUACCAGUCCCUGCAAUCAAAGCUGCAGCGGCGUUGGCAGGGAGCCGCUACAGCAGUGGGCUCAGGGAGACGACGACAACAAUGAUGAUCACGAUGCCUGCGAUGAUGAGUUCUCCAGCUGUGGCCAGUGGGACCCGAGCACAGAGAGAGAGAAAGAGAGGGCGAGAGUGGAGGAGGAAUGGAAAAAUGAACCCUAAAAAAACCAAAGGAGUGAAUUAGGAUCAAGGGAGGAGACUUGGAGAAUCUGUUCCACUGGAUAAGAGUAUCUGGAAAACCGCUCCCAGUCAUAUUUGGGUGGGGAAAAUGAACAGGCGAGGCCAACGCUGAUCAUAGUAGAGAAUAAAAGAUUUUGGAUGGGAGUAGUUUAGAAGGGCUUUUAAGGUCUAGUCAAUCCAAGCAUUAAAAAAAACAGUCAUGCCACACAGAGCACAAAACAUGGUUGUGAACCUUUUUUCUCUCCAUUCCCCAGGUGAUUGACAGAGCUACUCAUGCAAGAGCUGUGUGACGACAGUGUUUUCUGUUUUGGAGCUGCGAAAGAUGAAUUAUAAACAAUUACGUUUCAGUUUGAUUUAUAAUGGCUUAAAAGGGCAGGCUCUAAUUUUACAUCUACAGCACUGGUCAAAAUCUUAAUUUAACUGUAAUUACACCGUAUUUUACAAGUGAAACAGUCUAUAUAUUAAAAACAAAAAAACAUUCCAAGAUGAAAGCUUCUGUCAGGAUUGAACAGAUUUGUGACUACAUGCCUUUAAGUGGAAUUAACAGGAUUGUUUAUCAUAUGACUUGAGUUAUUUUUGUUGAUUUUAGGUCCAAAAUCUAUAAAGAUAUAUUUCAAUUUCACAUAUAACCAUUAUUUCAACAUGUGUAGGAUAAUUGUGCCUGUAUUCCCGCUUCAUGUACUGUGUUACCAGUAUGUGUCACUUAUUAAACCCAAUCUCUAGCUGUUGUAUUGGUGCCAUGUUGCUGACACUCUGUGCAAGACAGUUUUUGCAUGUCAGCAACCCUUUUUUUUUUUUUUUUGGUCAAAUUUGCUCCUCCCUGACUUCCAUUUCUACAGAAUCUGCAUUGCGCAGCAUUAAAGUGACAAACGCCAAUGUAACGUGCCCCAGUUUGAAGGAUUUAGGAGGAGAUUUUAAUGUGCCUUCACAGCUUUCUGUCAACCAAAGGUUUAGCGUCCCUUUUUUUUUGCUUUUUUCCUUUAUCCAGUUCUUCCCACUUGUCACCGCUGCGUGGUAUUUGGUUAAAGCUUUGCAUGUGUAUCAGUUGAGUCUGAUUAGUGAGCGAUGUGUUGGGGUGUCUGAGAACAUCCUUAUAGAGAAGGUAUUUCCUCAUUUAGCGCUCACUACGUUUAUGUAGGCUGAAAAUGUCAUUGUUCAAUGUUUUGUGUCAAUCAUAAAAUGCCCAUUAGUUGAUAUUGUGUGUAGUUUCAAGUGACCUUACUGUAGCUGAUCUCAUCAAGUAUAACUUCUUCAUGUACAGUAUAAAAAAUAUGUGCUGAUGUUCAUUCAGAAACAUAACCCCAGGUGUGAUGUAAUCAUGACCUGAAUCUCAUAUAUGAGCACCUCAAGUAACGGUAUCACAUAUUGUUGGUUGUGAAGAAACUGUCAUGGUUUUCAACGAAAUAGUUUUUUUAUGUCUGUAUGUAUUUCAUAUAAGACUAGUUUAAAACGUUCACUUUUGCAGUUUAGCCACUUAAAUAUGUAAAAAAAAAAAAAAAAAAAAAAACCAUCCUCAAUA